AUGGAUGAUCUCAGUCAUUUGACUGAGGUUACGGUCAAGGGCUUUCCGCCUCUGCCAUCUCAGUCGUCACACAUCCCCGCCGGUCGAUACGUAAUCAAAUGCGACAAAGAGGAGUCCGUCAGAGCUUCUGAUGACAAGCCUAUCGAGUCCACGCUGCUGAAUAGGAUCCGCGCGGUGAAGCUUUUUGCCGAAUCGCACGACCAGGGCAGCGUCGAUGACAUUUCCGCUGGUAACUGGACGUGGUUAGAGAUCGCCAUCCUGGAGAGUGACGCAGCUACGGCGCCCAGGAAGAGCGAAGACCGCGUCGACCUCGUUUGGACUAGUCAUCCCAACAGGGUCAAUUCACCUAAGUACGGCUGGAAGGCCGGUGGCACCUUCAAUCAUGAGCGCGACCUGCUGAAUGUCCUCGAAGCCGGAAAUGUUAUCGCAGUGCGCAUUUGCGCGAGGUUCCGCGGUUGGCAGAUCUUCGCGACGAACGGGUACCUCCUCUUCGACAUCAGUGACCAAAACGUCCAGCGUAGAUCCGUCACUUACGGCCCAAUCAUCGAUAAGAUCACCGCGAUUGACGAGGCAUUUCGGAAAGUCAAUGAAGACAUGGGUGUGGAUUUGCUUCCUUCAAUAUCACCUGCCGUGAAGACGGCCAACCUUAUUGAGAAGGGUGGGAAUCAGCCUCCUCUCCGAGUCCUCUCCUUUGACGGAGGAGGAGUCCGCGGAAUGUCGUCUCUGUACCUCCUGAAGGCUGUCAUGGAUAGAGCUUACCCAGACAAGAAGCCAUGCGAUGUUUUUGACAUGAUUGGUGGCACAAGCGCAGGCGGUCUGAUCGCGAUCAUGCUCGGUCGCCUCCAAAUGGAUGUGCAGCAGUGCAUCAACGCGUACAAUGAAUUCAUGAACGACGUGUUCAAACAUUGGAGGAUCACUCAGUGGAAAAACAUUACAUUCACGGGCGCAUUCUACGAUGACGCGCCGCUGGUGAACGCCGUCAAGAAGAUUCUCAAGAAUCAAGGCGUGGAAGAGGAUAAGCCCCUCUUGGAGGAUACUGAAUCUCUCAAUGAUGAGGCAAAGGCUCGCCGCUGCAAAGUAUUCGUUAUGGCUGUUCAGAGCAAAGCCGCCAACAACCGCGCGCCGAUGUUCCUUCGCUCGUACGAGAAUCCACUUGAGAAGUCGGCAAUUCCGAACAUUAAGAUUUGGGAAGCCGCGAGAGCAACGUCUGCCGCGCCGUACUACUUUAAACCCAUCCAGGUUGGCGAUUUCAAGCUCGUGGAUGGUGGGCUGGGCGCCAACAACCCUCUGGGAUGGCUCUGGACGGAAGUCCUUAGCGUCUACGGGGCAUCCAGAAAAACCCAGUCCUUCCUGAGCAUCGGCACAGGAAUUCCCGCCAACACGCCCGUUCCUGAGGGGAGUGUAAUUCCCAGCUUUAAGAGCAUCGAAAAUUUCGCGAGCAUCGCGACCAAUUCUGAAAUCACGCACACACUCUUCCACGGUCUGAUUAAUGCCUUCGCGCCUGAACCGCUAGCGAAGAAGUACUGGCGGCUGAACGUCGCUGAGACAGACUGGGUCGAAGAGAAGGGCUUCUGGGUGGUCAAAUGGGGUAAGGUGGAGCACCAUGAAGUUGACAACUUCCACGAUCCCGGUGCAUUGGAUGAUCUCGACGCGAUCAAGAAGUUCAUCGUGGUCACCGAGAAGUACAUUGCAGACAACGCCAAACUCUUCGAUGAGUGUGCUGAGGCGUUGAAGGAUGUCGCUUGA